AUGUCGUCUCUCCAACGUUGCUCUUCCUCGUCCUCCUCGUCCUCAAACGCGUCGUCAACGUCUUCCUUGGUAAAUAUUUCAAGUUCAACGUCUGCAACUUCAAGAGAGACGACCGUAGCCUAUGUACCUUAUAUCAGAAAACGCGUUGCUCCUAUGCAACUGCAAGUUCUCCAGAGGAUGUUUGACGUGAAAUCACAUCCUACAAGAGAAGAACGGCUUAUUCUAGCCAACGAGAUCGGAAUGGAGCUUAAAGCUGUGACGAAUUGGUUUCAGAACAAGCGCCAGACGGCGAAGAGAAAGGCUCUCGUAUGGAACGGCCGUCGCGUGAAUUUCACAGAUAAACGGUCCAAUUCUUUGAACCUUGACUUUGCACGACGUCCUUUCCUUAGUGACCCGUCAAAUCCACGUCCUGUUCGGCCUACGAUUUCUCUGGACCAUAUAGCCGAACUUUGCGAACGGCCAUCUGUACCAUUAUGCAGCACCCCUUCUAAAGUUACUCGACCACCACUCACUCCUCGAAGCAGGAGAGCGCACCGAAAUUUCACUACCCCCCCAAGUGGAAGAGGAAUUUGGAAUCACAUGCCGUCAUCGCCUAUUGCUCCGCAAUCAUCACCCAGCAUAGAGGAAGCACGAUUAGCCGUGUUGCCCUCACGUUCAAAAACCUUCAGGUCGCUAGAGUGGGCAUGCCUCAAAGCCAGGAGGCUCAAACAGAUAGAUGACGACGAAAAUGAUGAACUUCCUCAGCUUUCUCUAUCCAACACCAGCACGGAUAAUGGCGAGGAGACGGAUACGGAUGUGGAGGAGCUUGUGACGCCGAUAGCAAAAAAUAUACCUUUGCCGCCGUGCAACAAAUUAAAACAUGGGAAACGGACUUUGUCGUCGAAGGAUAAAGAGAACCGUCCUGUUACUGUCGUUGGUGGGAGCCGCCAAUCAGAAGAUGUGGAGGCUGCUAUGCUACUUCUUGGGUUUAUGGGAAGACGGUGA